AUGACCGAGAUUCAGAAGGAUUCAACGGGUCUCAGCUCUGCAUUUAGUGCUUAUUACAAAGAUGAUAGAUCUACGGAAAUAUUUUUCCACAAGAUAGAAUAUGCUGAUCGUAUGGUAUUGAACAUCCAGUUCAACGGAGUAAUGGACACAACUUUUGAAAUACCGAUUUCGUCCAGGGCGACGAUAAACUACUCAGCAGCAUUGUCCAAUAGUGAUAGUGAUUUAGGCGUAGAGCCCGUUCUUUUAGUGGGAAACCAUGCCAAUAUGAAGAUUCUGAUCGUGGCAGCCCAAAUAGGAAAGUUGAUAUUGGCAUCUGCCAACCCAAAGAGUGCAAUACUUUCUAUUGGGUCCAAAUGGUUCGGAAAAGGUGAUGAGACUGAGGACAGUGAUUUUGAAAAACUCAUGUUUAUCUUGGAAAAUACCAAGAAGUUGUUGUAG